AUGCACGUCAUCCUCACCGGCGCGACAGGCAACGUCGGCGCGCCCCUCCUGCGUUACUGCCUGGGCUCCCCCAAGGUCACCCAGCUGUCCAUCCUCUCGCGCCGCGAGUUCGCGCUGCCCCAGGGCGACGGGCUCGACGCCAGCAAGGCACGCGUCAUUGUGCACAGUGACUACGCGAGCUACCCCGGGGACCUCACGGAUAAACUGCGCGGCGCGGAAGCGUGUAUCUGGGCGCAGGGCGUCAGUCAGAACGACGUCUCGAAAGAGGAUUAUAUUCGUAUUACAUACGACUACCCCAUAGCGGCGGCCAAGUCCUUCGCUUCCCUUUCCAAUUCUGGCAAGUUCAACUUUGUCUACGUCUCCGGCGAAGGCGCCGACCCAACCGAAAAGACCUACACCCUUUUCGGCAAAAUCAAAGGCCGCGCCGAGCGCACCCUGCUCGGCCUCUCCCUGCCCAGCUUGAACGUCUACAACGUCCGCCCGGGGCUCGUCACCCCGCCGCACCCCGACCGCCCGCGCUCCGCCGCGAAGAAGGUGUUCAUCGACGGGCUCAUGCGGCCCCUGUUCGGCGCCGUCGCGCCGGGCCUCGUCACCCCCGUCGGCGAGCUAAGCAAGGUCCUCGUGGACCUCGCGACGGGCGAUGGGAAGCCGCUGCCGGCUGGUGAGGGGAUCGAGGCGGGGGGGCGGACGGUGAGGAGUAGUGCCAUCAGGAGGCUCGGGAAGGAGUAG